AUGAUUUUGGUUGUGGUUAAAACUUCGUUUAUAAAGGGAAAAUUUGGUAUAGCUGUAACUAAAUUCGAAUUAUGUAAAGGGCCCAAAAUAAAGGAUUGUUGCACAUGGAAAUAUCGUAUAGAAAACGAAAAUGUUAUGACGUUUGAAGCAGAGAUGACUGAAAAUAUGCCAUCUGUAAAAGGGAAAAUUCUUGUAUCAACGAAUGGUAAAGAAUCAUUUAGAUUACAGAUGAAUAGACUGUGUGAUCAUCUUUUUGUGGGACCUUUGGUUAAAACGUUUUUAAAUUUUACUAACAACUGUAUCAUUUUGAAGGGACACUAUGAUUUCACAGUGGAUGUUGAGAAAGCCGCGCAAAACUACUAUGGAGGAUCCUUUAUAUACGGGAAUUUAACAUUCAAAGCUGCGUUUAAUAACAACCAGUGCAAUUUAUUCUGCGGUGUGUUUGUUUUGAAUUUUUACCCAAAAAAUGCAACAAACUCUUAAUAUUUAUAAUUAUAAGUUGUUUAAAUUUCUUUACGCAAUUAUAAAUAUGACAUUCACUUGCUGAAGAAGUUUAUAAUAGAAGUAGUAAAUCAAAAAUCAUACAUAAAAUGUUUCAUAUUCAAGUAUGUAUCACUAUUUUAUAGUUUCAUAAAUACCGUUUUGUCCUCGGAAUUUUCACAAACGUACCGCAUUAUGGGAAGUAACUGUCACAUACAAUAAUAAGUAUAUUAUGAUGGUCAUAAAAUAUAUAUUUUGUUUUCUAUGUAGAUACUUCAUUUAAUCUGAGUAUAUUCCUCUGUUGUGAUGAAUCUACUGUUAAAAAUUUAAACCCUAAUUUAUA